UUUUAAAUCAUUUAAAUGAAAACUCUAAUUCUUACAAGGAUAUUAUAUUUAAGACAUUAUCAAACUACUACUAUACAAAUUCCCCAUUAUUUGUCAACGUGUCACGCACACAAUCACCAAUUUUAUCCUCAUUUCUCCUAUAAAAACCCCACUCUGUGCUUCACAUUUCAUCACAACUACAACAAGAACUUGCAUUACACUAAAUUUCUUUUACAAAAAAUCUCUCAUCUCCAACAACAAACUAAGAAAACAUGUCUUGCUGUGGAGGAAGCUGUGGAUGUGGAUCUGGCUGCAAGUGCGGCAGUGGCUGUGGAGGCUACGGAAGGGUUGAGGAGAAAGCAGCAGGAGAAGGAGGAAAUGGAUGCAAGUGUGGAUCAAGCUGCACCUGUGACCCUUGCAAUUGCUAAGAAUAUUAUUCUCUAAGUGUGUGUUGUUAUAAAAGCUUUUUCUGUAAUAAUAAUGGUGAGACUACAGCCAUGGAACUGAUUAUCAGUUCUUAGGUUAGUGCCUUUCCUGUUUGUUUCUCUAACUGAUAUAUUUCUGGAGUAGUGAUUUGGGGCUGUAACAGAAACGUAUCAUAUAGUAUAAGUUUGUUUAAAUUCUUGCGUUA